AUAAUAUUGAAAUCAUAGGUAAUUAAGGUUCUUCAUUUUAUUUCAAUGGCAAUGGAGCUCCUUCCCCUACGGUGUACUAGGUACAUUGCAUAGAGUCUCCCUGUCUCCCUGUCUCCCCACUAAUGAUAACUUAAAUUGGUUGGAUAGUUGACCUGGAUAGCGGAAAAAGGAAAGAAUGAACUCUGCCAACAACAUGCCAGCAAAGCUACCUAGGUACAUAGUAUGUACAUACAAAGCUACCCCUGCAUUAAAGAAAGUUGCAUAUGCUAACAUGCUUACCUAGGUACCUAAGUACCUAGUGUAUGUACAUAACUCCGGGCGGUCAUCCACCAAUCGAUGUUAUUGCAUUUCUUUAAGCUCGGACCAACUAACCUUUCGCAACUUUCGCGAUAGAAACCAUCUGAUCCGAUCUGAUGUGAACUGGUGGAAAUUGAUUCCUCUACAGCUUCGCUCGCAGAUCCCCCACAUCUGGUCAAUAUGCCAAGCUCAUGUAAAGAAAUAAGAGCCGCACUGGCGGAAUGCCUGCAAGAGUCGGAUUGCGUGAUGGUACAGCGUCAUACCGCAGCCGAAUGUCUGCGCUCACCGCUAUCCGAGACCCUCCCGACAAAGUGCCAACAGCUGAAGAAGGGCUUUGGCGAGUGUAGGAGGGGCAUGAUCGAUAUGCGCAAGCGGUUCCGCGGGAAUCAACCCAUCACCUUCAAGAGCCUCGAAACGACCGAGCAGUCGGGAGAGGGAUACCAGCUUUAUGCCGGAAGAUCCGCUUUCGCCGGCUCCGUCCGUAAAACCGACGGGAACGAGCCUGAGCCUAAGGACUGGAGGGAAUUGGAGAAUGAAAAGUACCGAAAAGAACAGGAGUCGCAAAAGAAAUAAAAUAAUAUAUACCAUACAAAAGAUUGGGCGGAUAUGUCGCAGCAAGCAUCGGACGGCGUUGGGGUUGGAUUAGUAUGUCUUGAGGUGUCAAAACCGGGUGUUUAUAUCUUCAGGUGUGGCUUGCAACGGGUCAACUCUGCUCAGACGGCAAAAUUCACAUCUGAAUCAAACCCUAAGUCUAUCUUCGGUCUCUGGGUAUACUGGUUCCACUGACAUGGGCAAAUACUCAAUAUCACGUAUUCACACGACACUACAUAUACCUGUCUGCUCUAUGUAUAAUUAUAUACAUGUACAUACCAGAUAUACCCAAGCUGCUAGGUUAGUCAUAAGACCGAGAUGACUUAGUCAGCCGUACGCUUCUAAUAGUACAUACCUACCUAACCUACAUACCUAACCUAG